UACAUUAAAGUUAAUUAUAUUUCCUGACUUUUUAUUGUAUAGAAAAAAUACAAAUAAACAUUACAAGGAAAAUACCGUUGACCUUUUGGGACCACGUGAUCCACACAACAGCGAUGACCUCUCUCGUCGGCUAGCUAGUGGUAGCUAAACACAUGCUAACACUUCCAGGUUGUUGACAGCGUUUCGCACAAUGGAGCAGCCUAAACAAGAGGAGGAAUAUGGAUACGAUUUAUUCCCGGGGAGAAACACGGGCCAACACAAGGGGAGGUCGUUCACGGAGAGCCUGCUCACUUUCAACCACAAGUGUCAGGUCAUGUUGCAGUUAGCGACGGAAACUAGUCCAUACGCCAAACUCCUCCUCAGUGCCAUGAAAAGUUCAGGAUGCAAAGUGUUCAAAGAACGUCAUUUCUCCUGUGAAGAUUGUGACGGGACAGUCAGCGGCGGCUUUGACGCGGAUUCUUCUCAAAUUGUAUUGUGCCAGAACAACAUCCACCAGCAGUCCCACAUGAACCGAGUGGUGACUCAUGAGCUUAUUCAUGCCUUUGACCACUGUCGCGCCCACGUGGACUGGUUCAACAACUUAAAACAUCUGGCUUGUUCUGAGAUUCGGGCGGCUAACCUAAGUGGAGACUGCUCCUUUCAGACUGAAUUCUCCAGGUUCAACUUUGGCUUAAAGCAGCAUCAGCAGGCGUGCGUCAGAGGCCGUGCCCUUCGCUCCAUCCUCGCUGUGAGGAAAAUUAACCGAGAGGAGGCCGAGAAAAUAGUGGACGAGGUCUUCGACACGUGUUUCAACGACCACGCGCCGUUUGGACGAAUCCCGCACGACAAGAAGGACGCUGGGUUUGCCGGCAGAGAUUACGAGAACAGAGGUCGAUAUUAUGCCAACCUUUAGUGUCGACAUCUUCUCUAUAACUCCCAAGGCUGCUGUGACUGGCAUCGUCAGGGCCCUGGUCAGAAUAGAAGCCCCAACUUAAUGACUGUCAAAGACGAUCAAAUCCCUUCAGAAGGGAUAUCCAGAUAAUGAUUUGUCCUUGGAACAGUAAAGCAAAAUGAGUUACACCACAUUUCAUAUACUAAUUCUGUAUAAAGGGAUUGUAAGGAGUGAUUUUGCUUUGGAAGUGGAUUAUUAGAUGAGGUCCCAGUGACUUAUUUGCCAUUUAUUUUUAUUUGACCAUUGGGUGCUUUUAAAGAAAUACAGGAUUUGUUUUUUGUCCAUCGAUAUUGGGUGUGAAAGUCUUUUGCUGGCAAAUGAGGAUGUAUUUCUCUGUCUGCUCUUCAUCUUGUUGCCACAUUGACCUCCACUCAUUUCUUGUAAAUACAGCUGACUGUGCUUAAAUUAAACCGGAACAAUUUGUGCUUGAAUUAAAGUUUGAUUCCUCUAGAAA